AUGGACUAUAAAACAGAAUACAUCAGUACAGAUAUCGAUCCGUUCUACAUCGGUAGUAAUGCCAGUUGUAUGAGUCACGAUGGUAGUAUUCUUGUCACAGCUAAUGAGGAAGACGUUGUGGUAACCAAUCUCCAUACCCAGGAAAUCCUUCACACUAUUGAAGGUGAUGGUGAGACCAUCACUAAUUUGAACAUAACUCCAGAUGGGUCGAAAAUAUCCAUAAUUUCCCAAUCCCAACAACUCCGAAUCUUCGAUAUAUCCCAAGGGGUGAUAGUGAAGAACUUCAAGUUAUCGUCACCGGUGUAUGUAUCGAGUAAUGAACAAACAUCUACAUUAUUUGCAUUUGGAGGUACUGACGGGAUUAUCACCGUUUGGGACAUCGAAGGAGGUUAUGUCACCCAUUCAUUGAAAGGUCAUGGUAGUACCAUCAGUUCUAUAUCGUUCAAUGGAGACUUGGGAGACAAAAACUGGAAAUUGGCUUCAGGUGAUACUUCAGGAACUGUCAAAGUUUGGGACUUGGUUAAACGUAAAUGUGUCCAUACCUUCAACGAACAUACAUCAGCUGUCAGAGGAACCAGCUUCCAUGGAGAUCAUUUCAUCAGUGGUGGUAGAGAUGAGAUUGUGGUGAUUUAUAGAAAUUUCAAACCUAUAAAGACUAUCCUCGUUAACCAAUCCAUUGAAGUAUGUAAGCUCUUGGAAUUACCCGAUUCCGAUGACUUGGGGUUCUAUACUGCUGGGUCUAAUAACCUCUUCCAGUUAUUCGACAUAACGGGAGAGCUCAUCACCAAAACUGAAAAUUAUCAAACUGAAGAAGAAUUGAUUAUCAUCGAUGUGUUUGAAACUCAGUACUUAAACCUUGUUUUAAGUGACCAGUCCAUAGUUACCAUUGAUAUCAAUGAUUUGGCAACCGGCCAACCGGCGGUCAUCGAUAGAAUUGCUGGGAACCAUGGGAUUAUUGCCGAUGUCAAAUAUGUUGGACCUCAAUUCAAUUUAUUGGCCUUAGCCACCAAUUCCCCAUCGUUAAGAAUCAUCGAUCCUUCCAAUCCUUUGAAAUUGACUAUUUGUGAAGGCCACAGAGAUAUUUUGAACACCGUCGACGUAUCAGUAGACGGGAAAUGGAUUGUUACUGGAAGUAAAGAUAGUGAGGUCAGAUUAUGGAAUUAUGCUGAUGGAACUUUCAAGACCUACGCCAUCCUUAAAGGUCAUGUUGGUUCAGUAACCGCUGUAGCAUUACCCCGUACGCCUAUGGACUACCCACAAUUCGUUGUUAGUGCUGGAUCGGAUUUAACUAUCAAAAAAUGGAAAAUUCCAAAUCCAGCCAAAUCUGAUUGGCCAAUGACCAUCAAGACCAGUGAAUAUACCAGAAGAGCUCAUGAAAAGGAUAUAAACUCCAUAGAUAUCUCCCCCAAUGAUGAAUUCUUAGCUACUGCUUCUUAUGAUAAGUUAGGGAAAAUAUGGGAUUUACACACUGGUGAAACUAUUGGAGUUUUGAAAGGCCAUAAAAGAGGUUUAUGGGAUAUUAAAUUCAAUAAGUACGAUAAGACGGUGAUUACUUGUGGAGGUGACAAAACCAUCAAACUGUGGUCAUUAUUGAACUAUCAAAUGACGGAAAAUUUCGAAAGUCAUACCAAUUCGGUACAAAAAGUCCAAUACAUCACCCGAGGUCAACAGAUUAUCAGUGCUGGAGCUGAUGGAUUAAUCAAGAUAUGGAACAACAAGGCGGAAUGUUUAAAAACCAUCGAUAACCAUAGCAAUAGAAUUUGGUCCAUUGAUAUUUUGAACGAUGGUGAUAAGUUUGUUAGUUGUGAUGCUAAUGGACAAAUCAGUCUUUGGCACGAUAACUCUGAAUCGUUGCUUAAGGCUAAGGAACAACAAGAAAUCGAUAGAAUUGAAAAUGAUCAGAAAUUAUCCAAUUAUAUCAAUGAAAAGAACUACUAUAAUGCAUUUUUGUUAGCUUUGGAGUUGAACUAUUCAAUGAAGUUGUUCCAUGUGAUCAAUGAAAUCUUCAAUAACGAUCAAAGUGAUCAAUUGGUAGAGAUUUUAGGUAAAUUGAAUGAUGAGCAGAAAUUGAAGUUAUUUGAAAAAUUACAAAAUUGGAAUAUUAACUUCAAGUUCUUUGAAGUAGUACAAAGAGUGGUCAACUUGAUCUUGAAUAAUGUGGGUAUUGAGUAUUUAAUGACACCUAAAUUGAUCAAGAUCAUUGAAAAUAUGUUACCAUAUAAUGAGAGACAUUUGAGUAGGUUAGAGGGAUUGAUUGAGAGUAGUUAUAUAGUUGAUUAUAGUGUUGAACAAAUGGGUUUGACUACUGAUGAGUAG